AUGGCACCUUCAAGAGCGAACACGUCUGUUAUUGUUGUCGGUGGUGGUGGCACUAUUGGCUCCUCGACAGCUCUUCACCUUGUCCGUUCUGGCUAUACACCGUCAAAUAUCACCAUCCUCGACACAUAUCCUAUCCCAUCAUUGCAAUCGGCCGGAAAUGACUUAAAUAAGAUCAUGGGAAUCCGCUUGCGGAACAAGGUCGAUCUCCAGUUAAGUCUAGAAGCUCGUCAAAUGUGGAGAGAAGAUGAGCUAUUCAAAGAGUAUUUUCAUAAUACUGGGCGGUUGGAUUGCGCUCAUGGCGAGACGGGACUUGUGGAUUUAAAACAAGCAUACCAAGCUCUCCUCGACGCCAACGCUGGACUCGAGAAAAUAACGGAAUGGCUUGACUCAGAAGACGAAAUCCUCAAGAAAAUGCCACUUCUAGAUCGCGAGCAGAUCAAGGGUUGGAAAGCAGUGUACAGCCAAGAUGGCGGCUGGCUCGCCGCAGCAAAAGCCAUCAACGCGAUAGGUGAAUACCUACGCGACAGCGGAGUCAAAUUUGGAUUUGAUGGCGCUGGUUCGUUCAAGCAACCUCUUCUGGCUGAGGGAGUAUGCAUUGGCGUCGAGACAGCAGAUGGGACCAGGUACUAUGCUGACAAGGUUGUACUUGCAGCUGGCGCCUGGAGUCCUGUACUGGUUGAUUUGGAAGAGCAGUGCGUUUCAAAAGCUUGGGUAUAUGCUCACAUACAACUCACACCGGAAGAAGCAGCAGAAUAUAAAAACGCACCUGUAGUAUACAACGGCGAUGUCGGCUUCCUUUUCGAGCCCGACGAGCACGGUGUCAUCAAAGUCUGCGAUGAGUUUCCAGGCUUCACGCGCUUCAAGCAGCAUCAGCCAUAUGGCGCUAAAGCACCAAAACGUAUCUCUGUGCCCAGGUCGGCAGCAAAACACCCGACUGACACCUACCCCGAUGCUUCUGAAGUGAGCAUCCGCAAGGCUAUUGCGACCUUUCUACCCAAGUUCACCAAGAAGGAGCUAUUCAAUAGGCACCUGUGCUGGUGCACAGAUACGGCCGACGCUGCGCUGUUGAUGUGUGAGCAUCCCGAAUGGAAAAACUUUGUGCUUGCUACUGGAGACAGCGGUCAUACUUUCAAGCUGUUGCCAAAUAUCGGCAAGCAUGUCGUGGAGCUGCUCGAAGGUACGCUAGCAGAUGAUCUAGCACAUGCGUGGAGAUGGCGGCCUGGUACUGGUGAUGCAUUGAAGUCGAGAAGAGCAGCGCCGGCAAAGGACCUAUCAGACAUGCCUGGCUGGAAGCACGAUGAGGCUGUCAAGUCUAAGUUAUAG